AUGGAGAGUGAGUACUUUCCAGCGGCGAAUUUUGACGGAAAUUGCGAUUUACCUGUUGGAGACUCAUGUUUCCAGUUACUAAAGCCGAGUUUUGACGAGGUCAACCAGCAUCGUUCAUUAGAUGUUUUGCCUAUAAUUAUCGACGAGGCUUCGUUUCCAGUUGAAGAAAAAUGUGCCUUUCGCAAUUCAAAUGUAAGCUGUCCAAGCCUCGGCCAAGAUUUCUAUGAGUUUUCAAUGUUGUCUGAGGAAAGCAACACCACUUCGCUAUGUACUUCUCAGCUAGCCUUUCUAAGCUUUGUAGAGCUUCCUUUACCACCGAAGAAGCAGAUGUGCUUAGAUGCUCAAUUCAGUUGCCAGAACUUCAUUGAUUUACAGAUGGAAAGCACGGAUUCUUGUUCACCAUGUGUUGUGGAUAUAGAUAUUGAGAUGGAAACUAUUGCAAAACCCAAAUCUGGUGAUAUAACUGUUGGAAGUAUAAAAAAUGAAGAUUUAGUAACUGGGGUGGUGCAGAGACAGGCAAACCUGAAAACAUGUGAGAGAUUCAUGCAACUUUUGACAAAUCAUCUCUCAUCAUUGCUGAAGUUAAUUUCUAAAGAUAAAUCAUUUGCUGAGAGAGUUCACGAUACACCAAACAACAGAUGGAGAAGAUAUAAGCGUGCAUCUUCAUUUGAUUCAAGAAAAAUUGUUCUCCUAUUCUCAAUCAUCCCAUUAAAUCCUUUAGGACUUGCAGAUUUUAUGCCUCCUUUCACUUCAUAUAUGGUUGACAUGCCAAUUCAUGCACAGGAAGCACAAAAGCUGUUCCCGUCCCUGUCAAGGGAGGUGCCAACCAUCUCUCCUAUCUAUGACCACCUCUCUCUUCCCUUCAUACUAAUGUUCAUAAAACAGGUCAAGUUUGGGUACGCUGAUAUUGAUAUAUCUAACACUGAGAGUACCCUAGAAUACUUAAAUUUCUCUUCCUUUACAAACCUUCUUCGGCUUGAUCUUGCAUAUAACCAAUUUUCUGGAACUAUUCCAUCCGAUAUUGGAAUACUUUCCAAACUUCAAUUUCUUGAUCUUAGCACAAAUCUUCUUAUUGGCACUACUCUACCUCUUUCUCUUCCUAAUCUCACUCAGGUGGAAUUUCCCGAAGAAAUGGGAAAUUGUAAACAUCUGUUUCUUCUAGCUCUAGAUGAUAAUCAUUUCUAUGGGCUUAUCCCUUCAUCUUUAGGCAAAAUCCCUGAUGAGGUUUUUCUAUUGAAGCAACUAGAAGCGCUUGCCCUCUCUUCAAAUCAAGUUUCAGCAGAGAUACCUGCACAGCUUGGAAAAUUAUCUAAGUUGUUGUCUCUAAAUCUGAAAGAUAACAUGCUUUCAGGUCAGGUGCCAGUAGGAAUUGGUGGACUGUCCAACACGGAUCAUCUAGACCUCUCGAUGAACAUGUUAAGUGGGCCAAUUCCAUGCCAAAUAGGGGAAUGUUCUAGGCUUCAAGUCUUAGGCUUGUGCAAGAAUAACCUGAAUAUACCUUCUCAGUUUGAGAAGCUUACAAGUUUAGCCGAGCUGAACCUGUCCCACAAUAAUCUUACUGGUUCAAUUCCUGCUUCUCCUAGCAACAUGUUGAGCUUGUUUUCUGUCAACCUUUCGUAUAACGAUUUAGAGGGAUAA